CUAAUGUCAGUGAGAUGAGUGCAGCUUGGACAAACCUCUGCCAAGAUGGAUAAAUAUUCUGCAUUGCAAUCUUAUUCUCGUUUGCUGUUUGCUAUCCAUGCAUCAUUAUUCGAUGGGUUAUUGAAGGGUUCAGGAGAUUCUUGCACUGACAAUGAUGAUUGCACAGAAACGAAUGAACUUUGCUUUGAAUCAGAUACCGAAUGCUGGUGUCCUGCUGGAUAUACAGGAGAAGACUGCACGGAACCUAACACUCAUUACAUCGACGAUCGAUGCCAACUACCAACGCUACCAGACUAUACUUGUUCUAAUGAGGGAGAUUUGAACCGCUGCUCAGAUGGUUGUACCGAUGGGACUAUAUGCUGUUCAACAGGAUGUCGGAUAGAGUGUGUAGAUCCUCCCGAGAAAACCUGCACAACAUCCGCUGAUUGUCCGGCAAAUAAUAUGUGCGUUCAAGUCGAUACAUCGUCACCCACUGUUUGUAAAUGCCCACUUGGAUAUCAAGGAGAGGAUUGUACGGAUGGUGAAGGUAUCGUCGACGAAAGAUGCCCAUAUCCCGGUGAUCUGAUUGCUGUUUGCGUGGCUUCCGAAAUAGACAUCCAAUGUCGUGAAGAUAACCCAUGUCCGAACGAAGAAAUAUGUUGCAUAGGAUCAAACGGAUGCUCAACCCGCUGUAUUCCAGUUGGCUGUGAAAACCCCGUUGAUCGUAAAACAUGCACCGAUCAGAACAAAAUCUGCGUUGAUGACGAUUCUACCACAGGUUUCAACUGUCGAUGUCCUUUCGGAUAUAGCGGAACCAUGUGCGCCACACCAUUUGCCGGUUUUGAUGCGGAAUGUCCAUUUCCCGAAGUUCCUGGAAAUACUUGUGAUGAGUUUGAAACCACCCCGACCUGUACGGAAGCUGACGAUUGUGAAGACGAUAAAGUAUGCUGUUCUACAGGUUGUGGAACGGCUUGUGUGGAUCUUUCAGAUCCAAAACCACCAGGAAAGAAGCCAAACCUUGCAUUAAUUGCACUACUUCUGUCCACACGCCGACAACGACCUCCUGUAAUUCCUGUAGCACCACCAGUGCCAAUUUAUCCAGUAGCCCCAAUUUAUCCAGUAUCGCCAGUAUUACCAGUGACACCAGUUCGUUGCCCACCAAACCAAUGUGUUUGUUCUAAGAACCUCGGUGCAAUUUGUCAACGAAAUAUAGGAGGUUGCGGCGCCAUCUUCAUUGAUCAGCACACUAAAAAUAUCAUUACGCAAUAUUGCAAAUGCGACCCAGGUUAUCAGAUAUACAGCCCUUGCUCUAAAGAUAAAUGUUUCGACAUGUAUGGAAGACAAUUAGUGUGCCCAGGUCAUCCGAAUGCUAGAUGUCGCGUGACUCAGUGUGGAAGAUGCCAGGCAUAUUGGAUUGAUAUGUAUACAGGAAAACAAGUUACAUGCCAAAGAAUACAACCAGUAAACCCAGGUACUAACAAUUAAACAAGAUUUUAUAGA